GGACCGUCAUAAAUAAUUGAAAAUGGAUCCGACCCAAAACCUCACCAACAGGAUUGUUUAUUAACAUAACGCGUAUUUCUUCUUUCGACUGACCGUUUACCCUUCCAUAUUCGUUUCUUCGUUCUCCCACCGAAAGAUGGUUGGUCCAGGAAAUAGACCGGCCGGCCGGCCAUUUGUGACGCUCGAGCAACAUUUAUGACGUAAAAUGUUGGACGUUUAUCGAAAGGGGAAGUGCGUCGCCCAGCAGAUCUUAUCAUCCUCCGGAUUUAUUUAAAGGCGAGAGAUGAUCAUCAUCGGGAAACUCUCUGGCUCGCUACAAGAACCGGCGAAAUGGAAACGAAACUUCACGAAACACCUAAAGAUCUCAACCCUUUCUACUGGGAUAACAAGAUGGCCGAAGCGGUAUCUGCAACCGACCAAAAAUAUCUCAGGUACAACCAAGAGCUGAAGGGAUGGAAGAUUAGGAAGGAUUCCAAGUUUCACUGCGACGACCUAGGCAUUAAGUCUCCGGUCUAUCUGAAAAACGAUAUCAAGUACUAUAACAACAAGCGGGUCGGAAUGGCCAUCUUCGGGCUGGGACGGAUCGGAGUCAUCCAUCUAGAGAACGUGGUAAAGAAUCCACGUAUGAAGCUAUUGUACUGUAUGGAUCCGUGCGAAGAGCGCUGCAACUUCGUCCAGCACAGGUGGAACCUCUGUCCAGAGUCUAUGGUGACCUGCAUGGAAAAUGUCGACAAGAUUUUCCAAGAUCCCAACGUUGACUGCGUGGUUGUGUGCACUCCCACUCAGACGCACGAGGAACUGGUGUUGCGAUCAUUGAACGCGGGAAAAGCGGUUUUCUGCGAGAAGCCUAUUGCCCCUACCUACGAGGGCAUCAAACGCUGCUACGAAUUGGCAGAAAAAAUCAAGAAACCUCUGUUCUGCGCCUUCAAUAGGGAAUUCGAUUCGGGAUUUAAAUAUAUCAAAGAACAUGCCAAGAAGGAGCUGGGUCAGAUACAAGUGAUCAAAACGUGCAGCAGAGACUCUCCUCUACCGUCCGUAAGUUAUCUGAAGACUUCCGGAGGGAUUUUUCAUGAUUGCGCGGUGCACGACAUUGACGUCAUCUGCUGGAUACUGGAAGAGUUUCCCACCUCGGUCAUUGUUCAGGCACACGCCUUUAUUCCCGAAAUCAAAGAGAUGGGCGAUUACGAUACAGUCGGAAUCAUGAUGAAGUUUGAGAGCGGUGCCAUUGCUUGCAUCGACCUCAGUAGAUUUUCGUGUUACGGAUACGACCAGAGAAUAGAGGUGUUUGGACCUAAAGGAAUGUUUAAUUCCGGAGACUUGCGGCCUACUCCGAUAACGAACUACUCGGCCAACGGGUCCACUUCGGUGCCCAUCUUCUAUUCCUUCGCCUCUCGAUACCAGGAAGCCUACUUUAACGAGAUGGAGCACCUGGCCGAUGUCAUGCAAGGUAUCUGUGACUUGAGAGUCAGCGGCAAAAGAACUCUGGCCGUUUCCAAGAUUGCCUCGGCUUGCGAAGAAUCCGCCAAGACAGGAAAAAUAGUCGAACUGAACUGGUCCUGAAGGACUUUCUCCGACAACGUUUCUUUUACCGCUGCAGAAUUUAACGCUUGAUGAAAAAAAUGCUUCACAGUGGAAAUGUGCGUUAUCGUCCCGACCAAUUUGGCAGCGAUUACUACGUUUUGCCUUCGAUUAUGAGAGGAAAUUUCGCGGAUAGAAGAGGGGCCUUUCUGAUGAUACUUUUAUGGUAACAAAGGGAAAAUAUACUUGAGCAAGACGCUCUGGAGCUGACCGAAUUAUGCGCAACAUGCAUAGAAACCAGGCAUAGAAAGAGGAGAGGGAUGACUGGAAGCGAUGAAAGAGUACAUUUUUCUCUUAUUUAUAAUUGGAAAGGUUUUAUAUUUAGGCUUUUUAAAACUCCAUCUUCUGGACAUUAAGGCGGUCUUUCUCCAUUUGCAUCAUGGUUUGGCCACACCCACAUUGGGUGUAACCGGAUGGUGAAGGACGGGGUCCAACAUGUCCGGGACAAACCGUUGAUGGAAAUUUCUUGGGUCGCUGCUUAUCAGGAUUUGAUCCCGAGUCCUUCAGAGCGAUAGGCUGAUACUUUAACUGUCUCAGCCAUUCACUCGUCCUCAUACCUCGAUUACUUAGUCGAUCGAGGAAUUAAAGGAAAAAAGACAGGCAGUAGAUUGCGCGCACUAGGCCGUUUCCUCCAGUCCAGCAUCUGCACCAGGUGAUCUUCGGAUUUUCCCACAAAAAUGAUGGGGAGGCGUUCCUCUUCUUCACCAAAA